CGGUUGAUCUUCUGAAACCAUGUUGAUGUACGGUGAAAUAUAGGUCUCAUUUACUCAGAAAUUGCUCUUGUAUAGGACCAUUUCAAAAACUUGACUAAAAUUGGGGAUUAUGCUGAUCAGUCUGUAAUUACUAAUCUCCGACUGAUGACCUGAUUUGAAUAAGGGACAUAUCCUAGCUAUCUUCGAUGCUGUUGGAAAAGUGGACGUAUUGAUUGAUAAAUUAAACAGAAUACAAAGAGGUAUUCUGAACACCAUGGCACAAUCUUUCACUAAAAAGCUCGGGACCUAAUCAUGACUUGAUGUGUACUUAUUAGGCAAUUCCUUAAUAGCUGUAUAGACCUCAUCUGUAGUAAAUCUACUAAUUGAAAUAUUGGGCAUGUUGAUAACCUUUGGACUGUAAUCAUUUAUGGUUGAUUGUGAUGGUAAAUAAACACUUUUGAAAUAAUCCAAUACCCUCUGGUGUACACAUUGAAGUAGCAGUAGCAGUAGAAUUAAUUACUAUAUACUUAGAAGCGGUUAUGAAACGUUGACCUGCUAUUGUAAACGACUUUUCUUAAUGUAAUUUAUUGGUACGUACAUAAACAACCAAAAUGUUACAAGGCUUGACAAUUUUUUAAUUGGAACCCUAAUAAAAAAUCAUGUUAAUCUGUCAUGCGAUUACCCAACGAUUAAUUCUAUCAAACAACAGUAUUGCCAAUAGUUGCUCGUGCUUAGUGUUUGAUCCUUAUCUACAAGAUACCCAUUAAGUAGAUACAUUGCAGAUAUGUCACGAGUAAAAGAUAAUGACGAGGAAGUCAAAAAGAAGAUAGUUUCUCUGAUUAAGGGCAUUAUAAAAGGUGACACGGAAAAUUAUAAACUCGAAAUAACUAGAGCCUCCAAACCAGGUGAUAACUGGCUGGGGUUAAUGUACAGCGUAUCAAUUGUGAACGGAGUGAACUCUGAACUGAACCUAAUCGUAAAGAUGGCGCCCUACCAAGAGCCUUACAGGAAAGUGUUUCCUAUUCGAGUAAUCUAUGAUCGGGAAAUAUUUGUUUAUGAUAACGUUUCUCCUCAAUUUGUGAAGCUGCAGGAGGAGAAAGGAGUGAAAAUCAUCUUCCAGCCCUUCGCGAAGCACUAUGUGACAUCAUUGCAAAGUCAUGGUGAAGCCCUUGUAAUGGACAAUAUGAAAAGUAAGGGUUUCGUUACUGGUAAUCAUAGAGUCGAGGUCGACUACCCUCACGCUUUAUUGGUGAUGAAAGAGCUGGGAAAGUUUCACGCCAUGUCAUUGGCCAUGAGAGAUCAGAAACCUGGAGUCUUCAGGCACCUUCAGGACAACUGCCAAGAAUCGUUCUUCAACAGUGAUUCAUUUGAACCCGUAUUAACCAUGAUAAAAAACUUGGGCAAUAUUGUGCUCGAGUCAUACGAUCCUAUUAGAGACAGCUUGUAUAUUGAACCUCUUAAACGCUCACUAAGUAAAGUCAAUGACACCUUCGCCGGCAUGAGGUUACAGGAACGGUAUGGGGAGUACGCAGUAAUAAAUCAUGGAGAUGCUCAGAUGAGGAAUAUCAUGUUUAAGUAUGGGGAUUCCGCACACCCGUCCACGCCAACUGAACUAUGCCUAAUUGACUGGCAACUAGCUCACGUGGCAUCGCCCGCGUUUGACAUAUUAUGGUUUAUCUUCGUUUGCACCGGCCAGGAGUUUAGAAACCGCCAUUACAAGCAGCUACUGGAAGAAUACUAUGGCAGUAUGUCCACUCUAUUGCGACAACUGGGUAGCAAUGCCGAGAAACUGCUACCAUUUGAUGUUUUAAUGGAACACUUAAGGAAGUUCGCCCCGUAUGGAUUGUACAUUGCGAUUUGGAUUGCAGCACUGAACAUGAAGGAGAGCGCAAAUAUUCCAGAUCUAUACAACAGUAGCGAGGAUGUAAUCAUUAAUCACUUAUCCGUUGCUCCAAGCCAAGCUUACAUGACAAAAAUCCGUGGAGUGAUUUCGGAUUUUAUUGAGUAUGGGUAUACUUUCUAAACUUUUUUUAAAUUGUUGUUACAUUAUUUUUUCAUUUGAUCAUACAGUUAAUUCGCUUUGCUUUGAUGAUAAAAUAUAUAAAUAUACUCGUAUCUACUGCCUUAAGGCUACCAAGCACGUUUUAGUGUAACUUUGGAAUUGUAAAGACCUUUUUGUUUUAUACAUCAAUUAAAUUGUGAAUUUAGGGUU